GAAGUAAUCACUGGAUAUAAUUUACGUAUUACACCUGGGCCAGAUGAGGAAAUACCUAUCCCAUCACCAAAACAACAUCAUGCAACAGAAAAUAGUUUCACUUUGGAAAGAGUUUCGCGAGAUUAUGGUGUUGACAUUUCCGAAUCACAAAUGAAUAGUAUAAAAAAGCGUGCUCGAUCGGAAACUCCACGACGAAUGAUUAAUAUUGAGAGUUCACCAACUAGUUCACCAGCAAUUUGCGCAUUUUGUUCGGAAAGUAUCGAAGGUCCAAUUGUAACAGCAUUAGCACCCAAUUCAUAUUAUGCGCAAAAGUUCCAUCCCUAUCAUUUCAUGUGCACUUAUUGUCAAAAGGCAUUAAAUCUACGUGGAACAUAUCGAGAACAUGAACGAAAACCGUAUUGUCAUGAAUGUUUUUAUCGUUUAUAUAAUGGUCUCAUAUACUCGCCAGAUGAAAAACAAGCCAGAAUUGAAAAAUUAAUUUAACUGUUC